AUGUGCUCUCUCAGUGCAGCCAAUGCCAAGUUCUGUCUUGACUUUUUCAGAGAGCUGAGCAAAAAAAAAAGAAAUGAAAACAUCUUCUUCUCGCCGCUAAGUCUCUCAGCUGCCUUUGGGAUGGUUGUCCUCGGAGCCAGGGGCAACACACUCAAACAGAUUGAGAAGGUAUUUCAUUUCAGUGAAGUUUUGAGCAGUACAAGCCAGGGAAACAGAUACCCUUCUGAGAAGUGCGAAGAAGCUGGAGGAGUCCAUUCCCAGUUCCAGGCUCUGCUGGCUGCAGUCAGUGAACCCAGACCAGGCUGCUCUCUCACCAUUGCCAACAGGCUCUUUGGAGAAAUUACUUAUCCGUUCUUCCAGCAAUACUUGGAUUCCACAAAGAAAUUCUAUCGAGCAGAACUGGAACCAGUCAAUUUUAAAUACACUGAGAAAGAAGCCAGAGAGAAGAUUAACUUCUGGGUGGAAAAUGAGACAAAAGGUAAAAUCAAAGACCUAUUUGCUGCUGGGUUUAUUGAUCCCUCUACUGUACUUGUCCUGGUCAAUGCUAUAUAUUUUAAAGGAAAGUGGGCAGUAGAAUUUAAGAAGGAAGACACUAAGGAAACAUAUUUCCAACUCAACAAGAAUGAGAGAAGAACAGUGAAGAUGAUGUUUCAAGAAGGUUACUUUAACAUGGCCAUUAUAGAGGAACCGAAAAUGAAAGUGAUAGAGCUCCCAUACUUUAAUGAAGAACUGAGCAUGUUCAUUCUUCUUCCUGAAGUUGUCUGUGAGGACUUUACUAGCCUAGAGGAGCUUGAAUGCACCCUCACAUAUGAAAAACUAGCAGGAUGGACCAGCUUGGCUAGGAUGCAACAGCUGAGAGUGAAGGUGUACCUGCCUCAGUUCAAGAUGGAAGAAAGUUACGUGCUCAACAAAACUCUCCAGGAGAUGGGAGUGAUGAAUGUUUUUGACUGGGGAAAAGCUGACUUGUCAGGAAUCUCUAGGAAAGAUGGUUUGGUUGUGUCCAAGGCCAUCCAGAAAUCAUUCGUGGAAGUCAACGAGGAGGGCACUGAAGCAGUUGAGAACACUGAUUUCACAAUGGGCUCCAUCAGUGCAGCAAAUGCAGAAUUUUGUUUUGAUGUAUUCAAAGAGCUGAAAGUCCACCAUGCCAACGACAACAUCUUCUAUUCCCCGUUGAGUGUCAUUGCAGCCUUGGCCAUGGUUUAUCUGGGAGCAAGAGGUAACACUGAGUAUCAGAUGGAGAAGGUUCUUCACUUUGACAAAAUUGCAGGACUUGGAGGAUCUAUUCAGACCAAGAUACAGAAAUCUAAGUGUGGCAAGUCUGUGAAUAUCCACAUAUUGUUUAAAGAACUUCUCUCUGAUAUCACUGCACCAAAAGGCAACUAUUCACUCCACAUUGCCAACAGACUCUAUGCUGAAAAGACACAUCCAAUCCUACCGAUCUACUUAAAAUGUGUGAAGAAACUGAACAGAGCAGGUUUGGAAAUGGUCAACUUCAAAACAGCAUCAGUUCAAGCCAGACAGCUCAUUAAUUCAUGGGUGGAAAAUCAGACAAACGGACAGAUCCAAGAUUUCCUUGAACCAGACUCUGUUGAUUUUAAUACUAUGCUGGUCCUUGUGAAUGCCAUUUACUUCAAAGGGAUAUGGAAGACAGCGUUUAAAGAAGACACACAGGAAUUUCCCUUUAGCGUGACAAAGCAAGAAAGCAGACCUGUGCAAAUGAUGUGUCAGAACGGUACCUUCAAAGUGGCAGCGGUGACUGCAGAGAAAAUGAAGAUCCUGGAGCUUCCGUAUGCCAGCGGGGAGCUGAGCAUGUUGGUGCUGUUGCCUGAUGAUGUCUCUGGCCUGGAGCAGCUUGAGAACAAAAUCAGCUUUGAAAAACUUAUGGAGUGGACCAGUCCUAAUGUGAUGGAAAAGAAAAGAGUGAAAGUGUACCUCCCGCGCAUGAAGAUGGAGGAAAAAUAUAACCUCACAUCUGUCUUAAUGGCCUUGGGUAUGACUGACCUGUUCAGCCCUUCGGCCAAUCUGUCUGGCAUCUCUUCAGCAGAGAGCCUGAAGAUAUCUGAGGCCAUCCAUGAGGCGUACAUGGAAGUCAACGAAGAGGGCACUGAGAUGGCUGACUCAGCGAGUGUGAUGGGAGACAUCAAAGAUUCCUCUGAGUUUGAAGAGUUUAGGGCUGACCACCCAUUCCUUUUCUUGAUCAAACACAAUCCAACCAACAUCAUCCUCUUCUUUGGUAAAUAUUGGUCCCCCUAA